AUAUAUACUUACAUAGGUAGUUAUGAUAAUUAUGCUAUGACAUAUGCGAUGUUAUCAACAGUUGUCUUAUGUUUCGCGAUGCUACUUUUUAAACGGAUUAUAGAAUUUGUAGCGAAACAAAAACACAGCACGCUAAGUUAACCCUCAAACGCGACAAUGCCAGUGUAAUUAACCGAAUAAAGGGUGACACCGCAAAGCUGGCGUGAUGGAUCCUUUUAAUUAAGCCGCCUAGGUGCCCUGAUUUAAAUUAAAUCUUAAAUAUAUUAAAAAUUCCUUUAGUCUAAUCUGUCUUCAUUAGGUGGCGUUGAAACAGUAAUUGGUUUAUGAAGAAAACACAUGGUUUAUAAGACUAAUCCUAUGUUUUUUUUUCUCAGACUGAGCCUUGAAAUAUACGAGUAGGUAGGUAUAUAAUCCAUGAAGCGGUGAUUAAUAUAAAUAGUCAAUUACUUCUGAAAUGUGAAGCGAUCUAUUCUUUGAAUUGAUGUAGAUACCUAAGGAUCCUUCCUAGACACAUUUUAAUAUAGUUAUUGAAGCACAAAUUGCCUCUAUAACAUGCAUUUAUACGCGAUCGCUUACCAUCACCAAAAACCAGAGGUCCCACAGUGCAUUAAGUAAGACGUAACAGAGGGCUGGCGAGGGUUCAGGAUAUUGCCUAAUCAUGGCGCACCCCUGCCAGUUGUUUUACACCCGCCGGCUAACGCGAUCAAUUAACACGCAUUUGUAUGGCUUUUUGGGGCUAUUGGAUACUGUUUAUAGUAGUGCGAAAGCUUAUGUUUGGAAUUGAAUAUAAAAAAUAGAGUAGAUAAUUCGGUCUCAUACUUUAUGCCAAUUCUGUUAUUGGCUAAAAAGUAUUUUGUUAUUUAUUUUAAAUUAUUGACUGAUAAGCAAUUAACACUAUAGUAUACGGUCGCGCGUCCGCACUCGCAUUCGACUUGCUUAUGUAAGUGCCAUACACUCAUGGACACUGUUUAAUCCAUCAUACUAUUGAUGUUGAGGGCUAACGAUGACAGAAUAUAUAACUAAAUGAGUCAAUAUUAUACAAUAUUGCAGAUACUUACAUAGUUUCCACGGUUAAUACCUACGUAGAUGUAAAAGUUUCUCAAAGGUUGCAAAGAGGUCUGCAACUCAAAGAGCCUCAAGUUGUUUGAACAUACAUACUUAACACCUUAUUUAUUGCCCACUGUAGGUAGGUACCUUCUAAACGCCCCAAUAUUAUUGGACUCGUCAAAACUAAUCGAAUUCUGGAUCUUCCAUAAGACCAGGUCGAUGGUAGGUAUCAAUUAUUUGUAUUGUUUUCUAUUUUUUAUAUUAUACUAGCAAAGUUUGAAAUUGAUACGCUUUAAUCGCGAAGACGUUAGGAUAGACAGAUAUACUGAGUUACUUUGACACUACAUUUAGGUAGUCUAAGUAGGGAUGUCCAUUAACCCCCUUAUUCAUAAACGUGUACUAAAGUUACGAUGCCGCUAAUCAUCGUUUGUCCCUUUCCGACGUAUUAGUAUGAUGGAAAGGGACAAACGAUGAUUAGAGGCAUCGUAACUUUAGUACACGUUUAUGAAUAAGGGGGUAAAGUUCUAUUUGAAUAGAUUGGAUUAUUAUUGACACUCCAUUUUAUUUAUUUCUUGCUCCGUUAAAAGGUACGGUAUGAUUGAUUAAUGUACUUACUUAGUUAAUAGUUCCAUUUAAUAGCGCAACAUCAGGGAGCCAUUUCAGUUCAUGUAUUCAAACUCAAGAGAAUGGUAAAGUAAAAAAAAUACGGAGGAAGGAAAACUUAUUAGCAUAAUAAUGGAAAAACAUCACCUGCAUUAUGUAAUUCUUUUCCUGAUUAAAUUUUGCCAUGGUUCUGAGCCAAUUUAUGAAGAAAAUGAUGUAAUAGAGCUGCACAAAUGUGUAGCUAUGAUAAUAUGGCGAAUUAAACUCGGAAAUAUAACCGAUGUUACUUUGAUCAACGCGGAUGCACAGCUCGCGGAGCUGUUGCACUCCAUGCCGCGCCCGCCGAGGUUCGUCUCCAGAUCAUUCUACUGGCCUCACAACAUUGAGUGCAACGACGUCUACGUCAUCCGCUGUGAGGAUUAUUUCGCGUUUGCACAAGGACUGGACUUAGUCAGACGAGACCCUUUUUGGAAUCCGCGAGCGAAAUUUAUAAUAACUAUUGAGUACAUGGAAGACUAUCUUCAAGUAAUAUCAGAAUUUCUGUUAGAUAAUCAUAUUUACAAUGUCGCUCUUGUUGCUUACUCCCAGGAUCAAAAUAUGUUGGUUUAUACAUUUGAAAAUCAAUAUGACGAAUGUGAUCGACCCAUAAUAAAGUUGUUAAAACCGCGGUUCCGUUGUUCCGACAUUCACAAUAUCGACAUUGACAAAAUAUUUACAUAUGAGAAGAAAACUAUACUCCGAGGCUGCCGUGUUAAAUUUGUGUCACACGACUAUUGGCCUUUCGUGUCCUUUUUCGAAAAUUAUGCUAUUGAGAAUUAUUUGUUAAAAUUAAUUCGUGACUAUGAAGGUAUCACAGUUGAACUCGUUGAUUUUGGAAAGAGUGAAUAUUUUGGAGGACGUCUGGAUAACUAUACGUACACGGGCAUGUUGCACGAGAUAGAAACAUACCACGUGGAAGGAGCUGUAGGUGGUUACUCAUUAAAUAAUAACCGAAUGUCAAACUUAGAUUUCAUAGAACCUUACAUGGUUAAUCACUACGAAAUAGUAAUUGCUCGAGCAAAACUGCUUUGGAAGUGGCCUGCAGUCCUGAAACAAUUCGGAAUAGGAGCUUUAUUGGCUAUUUUUGGAAUUUUCUGCAUCGUUUGCCUCACAGUUACGCUCAUGGGAAUAUUUAAUAAACAAGCAAGAGAUACCAGUCGGGAUAUCCUGAUCGUCUGGGGUUAUUUUUUCAGUAACAUAAGUCAAACGCAAAAAGCUAAAUCAGGAGUAGUCUAUAGAAUGGUGUUGCUUAGUAUACUUGUGUACGUAUUUGUGAUAUCAUAUGCUACUCAAGCAUCCUUACUGAGCGCUACGACCCAUCCCAUCCGAGAAGAUCAACCGAACAGCGCCGAGGAAGUCAUCUCAAACUACCAAGUGACAGUCAGUCCUGGUUUGUAUGCUUACUUACUAAGAAGUCCAGUUAUCAACUUAAAUAACGUUAACACAACCUGCAAACGCACCGUAGAUUGCAUGAUGCAAGUGAUGGUGAAUUAUGAUCAGCACUUGUUCACUAUAGUAUCCGAUAUUUACCACAAGAGUUACAUUUGGAAAUUUGCCGAUGAGAACGGUGAGUCCAAAAUCCACACUAUAAGAGAACCAAUUGGAACGCUUCUGCAAACUAUGUACCUUCGGCGUGGGUCGUCUCUAACGGCACCCUUCAACAAAUUGCUCCGGAAGGUGCGUUCUGCGGGUCUACUCGAUCGGUUCACCAGUAGACUCCAUUUUUCCGAACGUCUUAAAUACAAGUUCCAUGCGCGAAGAGGACGACAGCCCCAUUCUUUGGGAGAGUUGAAAGGUGUGUUCAUGAUUUUGAUUUAUGGAUACUGUAUAUCAGGAAUUUCGUUCAUUCUUGAAUAUAUCUAUUAUUUGUUUAUGGUUUAUCAGACAGCCUUCGGGGGAAACAAAUAAAUAUGAUUAGAAAAUGUUUUAUUUAAUCAAAAGUUAAAUAAUUUUGAUUAAUUUUUAAUCAUGCUUGUUAAAAAAAAAAUUGCGCUGUAAGAUGGAAGUAAGCCGCUUGAAAAGCCUUGGCAGACUUAUAUGUAUAUUCCUGAAAUGAGGGGUCCAUAACCUACCAACUGGAAUUGGUGUCAUGAUGGUGGUAUCAGGUGGGUAUAAUUAGGAGUAUCGAUGGUGACCUUGCUUACAUAAACUCGUCUGUCAAGGUGUUUCACCAGGAAAAGCCUUGGCAGACUUAUAUAUACUUGAAAUGAGGGUACCUACCGACUGGAAUUGGUUUCAUGGUGGUAUCAGAUGGUUAUAUUUAGGGGUCCCGAUGGCCACCUUUGAGAGCGUCUGCCAAGCACUUCCGGUAAAAAAAUGCUGACAGAUUUCGCUUUCCUGUGUCUACCAGUAAAUUUCUAACUGCGCCGUAUUUCGGUAAUAGCUGGGUUAAAUCGGCCCCCCUUUUUCGCACCGGAAGGGGCCUUCUUUUUGUACUUUCGGCAAGUUCCGCCGUGACAGACUAUCAAAUUCGGACUUAGCAUCACUUUUAUUCCCAAACCAUUGUGCAAUUUCAUCGCGGUAUCAAGUCGGUACGAAAUUUUGCAAUCCGCUCUUCUACCAUUAUUGAUUAAUGUAUGCUGAAAACUGAAUCG